UUUCUACAGCCUUACUUCGCGAUCAUGCACCACAACGCCGAUACAUCGAAUCAAGAACUGAAUAUUCUGACCCAAGAACCGGAGCCAUCCUCCGAGGAUGUGAAUCCCACUGGAGCCGUUAGUCUGGCUUUCCCCGAGGGUGGGCGCGAUGCAUGGACUUGUCUCCUGGGUUCUUCCUUGAUUAUGUUUCCUUCUUUCGGGUUUCAGACAGCUAUCGGAUCCGUGCAAGAUUACAUCGGUGUCAACCAGCUUGCUCGCUACAGCGUUCGAGAUGUUGGUUGGAUUACCGCCAUCUUCGUGUUCCUGACUCUGUUCCUCGGGGUUCAAGUCGGACCACUUUUCGAUCGCUAUGGGCCCCGAGUGCUGCUAGCUUGUGGCUCCCUUGCCAGCUUCUUGUCCUAUCUUCUUCUCGCCCAGUGCUCCAGGUACUGGCAUUUCAUCCUCUGUCUCAGUAUUCUGGGAGGGAUAUCCGCUGCCAUCGUGACGACCGUCUCGAUCAGUGUCUUGAGUCAUUGGUUCUUCCGUCGUCGUGGGCUCGCGUCGGGAAUUUGCAUGGCUGGUUCGUCUGCAGGCGGGGCCAUCUUACCCCUCAUCCUGCGUAAGUGCUUCAGUCAGUACGGUUGGACCUGGUCCAUUCGUAUCAUGGCCUUUGUUGCUCUGGCCUGCUACUCGCUGGGAAUGUUCCUUGUCAAGGGGCGUCUUCCGACCAGUACCCAGAAUCGCGCUAUAGUCGACUUCCAGGUGUUUCGUUCUCCUCGCUUUUGCUUCCUUGCCAUCGCCGUCUUCUCCUUCGAAUUCAUCAUCUUUGGCUGUGCCUCCCUUCUCCCAACAUACAUUCGUUACGCCGGUUUUUCUCUUGACAGCCAAUUCUACUCUCUCACUGUGCUCAACAGUAUGAGUCUGAUGGGCCGAGUGCUACCCGGUCUUGCUGCUGAUCUUUUCGGCCGGUUCAACACCCUUCUUUCCUUGGUGGUGAUGACACUCGUAGUGAUGGCUGCAGUCUGGAUUCCAGUCGGAUCUCGCGAUCAAGCAACCCUGUACACUGUGGUUGCUAUCUUUGGAUUUGGAUCCGGGGGGUGGAUCUCGCUGGCGCCGGUCUGUGCGGGACAGUUAUGUCGGACGGAGGAGUAUGGCCGCUUCUACGGGACCAUUUAUAGUGUCGCUGCAUUUGGAGGGCUGCUGACGGUUCCGAUCGGAGGGGAGUUGCUGCAGACGACUACACCGCAGGUGUUGGUGGGAUUUUAUGCAGCAGUGCUGGUAGUGGGUUUGGUGAGUGUCGUCUGUUCGCGGUGGGCGCUCUUGGAAUGGAAGUGGAGGUGGAAGGUGAAGGUCUAGAUCCGUAUUGAGUAUAGACCUGCGCUUCUCAAGCG